AGCGGAGGCCAGUUAGAGUUUUUCCGCCUGCUGCGAGUGAACGGUUGUUUCGGCAUUUCUCGUAUUCUCCCAUGCUUUGCACCGUUUCCUACCGCUACGCAUAAGAUUUUUUACCAAAAAAGAAGACAAAAAAAAAUUAUAACAGCCGUAGCGUUUUUUCAGGGCACAAAAAACAAAACAGCACAAGACACAGAAAGGGAAGACAUUUGCGCAAUUUCACAAGGAAACAACAAGGAUUUGGAGUCAACAAAAGCCGAAGCAAUUUCUCUCUUGCACCCCACAACGAAACUCCAAGAAUAGUCGCUGGCCCAAUCGCAACUCGACACUGAACGUAGCCCGCCCCAAGACAGGAAAACGCCUGAAGCACUCACUUCUGCGGCUGCAACAUACACGCAACGUCUGUAGGAUGAGCACUGCGGGCACCGAUGGAGGAAGAGGAGGAGGAGGAGGCGUUGGAGGUGUAGGAGAAACUGCACCGCCCACAACGCCAUCACCGUCUGGCCAUGGACCGGGUUCGGGAUCAAGUCGUCGCCUCAGCCACUUGUCGGGCAGCAGCACCCGUUCAGGAGGAGCUGCCACCAUGGGCAACGUGGUUGGCUGGCUGAAGCAGGCUUCCAUCGAGGUGCGCGACGCAGGCACUCGCACCCUGUCCAUGCUCCAGAGCAGCAAUCCAAACUUUCGAUCGCUCGAUCUAUCGCUGGGAACGCCGACGGCCACUGUGCCCAACUCGACAUCCGUACCCGCCGCCACAUCGAGUGCCGCUGCCUCUCUGUGCGGCUCUACCAACUUUGGCAACGAGGAGGACCCCAUCGGCAGCCUUUCCCUGACGCCGCAGGACGCCCGAGAGCUGCUGACACACCCAACGCGCGCCUACGUCUACGGCUCCGUCAGCCAGCCCCAGAGUCCACGGCAUCGCGGAUCUGCGUCGCGCAUAGCACCACACGGCCUGAACGGCCGUUCCACGUCGAUUUCGUCGCAGUUGGAGAAGACCAAGAAGCUGCUGAAGAUGACCGAGGGCGACGACAAGCCCCUGACCAUUUUGCACUACAACGAUGUCUACAACAUUGAGUCCAUGGCUGAGACGGAGCCCGUCGGCGGGGCAGCCCGAUUUGCCACCGCCAUCAAGAGCUAUGCACAUCUCAAUCCGCUGGUGCUCUUCAGCGGCGACGCCUUCUCGCCGAGCAUGUUGAGCACCUUUACCCAGGGAGAACAGAUGGUUCCAGUGCUCAAUUCGGUGGGAACACACUGCGCCGUCUUUGGUAAUCAUGAUUUUGAUCACGGCCUGGAUGUGCUGGUGAAACUGAUCAAGCAGACGGAAUUCCCCUGGCUCAUGUCCAAUGUGGUCGACAACGAAACCGGCCGUCCCUUGGGUGGGGGCAAGAUCUCCCACUUCAUUUUGCACAACCAGAUCUCGAUUGGCCUGAUUGGGCUGGUGGAGCGCGAAUGGCUGGAGACGCUGCCCACCAUAGACCCCAACGAGGUCACCUACAUCGAUUACGUGGAGGCGGGCAAUCGUUUGGCCCGCGAGCUGCGCAACGAGGGAUGCGAUCUGAUCAUUGCCCUGACCCACAUGCGCACACCCAAUGACAUCAAUCUCGCAGAGAAGUGCAAUGGCAUCGACAUCAUUCUGGGCGGCCAUGACCACGUCCGGGAGGUGACGGAGAUCAACGGCAAAAUGAUCGUCAAGUCCGGCACGGACUUCCAGCAGUUCUCGGUCAUCACCAUAGAGCGGGAUGCGGUCAAUCGGGAGCACUUUACUACGGAUGUAAAGUGUGUGGACGUGACAGCCAAAAUACCGGAGGACCCGGAACUCAAGGAGGAGCUCUCCAAGUAUGCCAAGUUCAUUGAGAGCAAGCUGUCGGAUGUGAUGGGUGUGUUCAGCGUGGAGCUGGACGGACGCUUCUCCCGCGUGCGCACCCAGGAGACGAAUCUGGGCAAUUGGGUGUGCGACGUGGUCCUGGCUGCGGUUGGCGCCGAUGUGGUCAUACUCAAUGGCGGCACCUUCCGCUCGGACCGCAUCCAUCCAGUAGGGGCAUUCACCAUGGGUGACCUGGUCAAUGUCAUACCCAUGAGGGAUCCCCUCAUCCUGCUCGAGGUCAGCGGUCGUGUGUUGUGGCAGGCCCUGGAGAACGGUGUAUCGGCGUAUCCCAAGCUGGAAGGACGCUUUCCCCAAGUGGCUGGCAUCAGCUUCGCGUUCAAUCCACUGGCAGAGCCCGGCAAGCGCAUCGAUCCCCAGUUGAUUCAGCUGGGCGAUGAGUAUCUCAAUUUGGAGCAGACCUACAAGCUGUGCGUGAAGAGCUACAUCUUCAUGGGCUGCGAUGGUUAUACCAUGUUCAAAGGCGUCAAUGUCCUGAUGGAUGACGAUGCUUGUCCAGAGCUGGGCAUCACACUGCAGAAUCACUUCAAGGCCAUCAAUUCGCGCAAAUGCGGCCAGAACACCAAGCACCGACAGUCGCUGGUGACGCUCUCGAGGAGGCAUAGCCUGGUCCAAUGCCUGGACAGCAUGGACCUGGACGGACCAUCGCCCAUCCGCAAGCUGUCCGUGGGACACCACAACAAGUCGAUGGAUUUGUCGCAUGGCAACUCACAGAAGAUGCUGCGUCGUGCCUCUCUGGAUGAUCUGGAGCAGUCCUCUUGCGAGCUGGCGCCACAGCUGGAGCAUCGCAUUGUCAUGAUUCAGAACGAAGAGCAUCAUCGGCAGCUGCUGUACAAAAAGGAGACGCAGAUUAUGAACUCGACGAUAACCGAGGCGGAGGACGAGUAAAGAUUUAUUGAAACAACAUUUCAGGCAUAUGUUGCAUUUAAUUUUUUGAUUUCUCUUUCGUUUUUCUAGUUACAAAUGUAGACAAAUUGAUUUUAAGCCAGGGCCCGAGGUGGAGAGAAAUAUUUGAUUAAGUAUAAGCACAGAACAAGUAUUUAGCUAGCUAGUUAGUUUUGCAGAUCUAUCAUCUGGGAUCGAUCAUAUCUAUUCUAUUGUAUUUGCUGUUAAUUGUUACCUACUGAUCUACUUCGUUUCGUUUUGGCUAUGUUUUGUUCUAAACGUUUCUAAGACUUUCUCCGAAAAUGUAUGAAUUAGAUAUUGAGUGUAUGAUGUACGUGUACGUGUACGUGUACCUAAAGAUAACCACUAGCUAAACUUAAUUUAAAUAUGAUAAACUGAUUAAUUCACAGCUGAUUUAUAUGUUAUAUAUGUAUAUGUUACGGAGCUACCAUCCUUAAAUAAUUUUUAAAUAUCCGGUGUGCAAGUUAGCUAAUUACUUGCAAAUCAA